GUUAUAGAAAUUUUCAUUAAAAAUAUUGGUUUAAUACUACAAUAUUGUGAUAACUAUAAUUUAAAAAACCAAUUUUAUGAUUUUACUGAAUGUUUAAUUACACUUAAUGAUGCAUUAGAAAGUUCAAAGACUCUAUUUGAAAAUAUUAAUAAUGUCACACAAUUCUUUAGUAAAUUACUUAUGAAUUACAUAUUUAAUGAGUAUGAAAAAAAAACAGGUAUUAUUUAUGAAAUGUCUAUUAUUAAUGAUGGCAUUCAAUCGAAUAGAAAAUUGGACAUACAAGAGUACCUCGAUAACAACGGUAAUCCUAAAGUUGAGAUGGUUAUUAAGGAUUUUGAAGAUGUUAAAAGUUUUCAUAACAUUAUAUCUUCGAUAAUUUCAUUUACUUCUAUUACAAACAAUAAGUACUAUAGUUUUCAAGAUGAAUUAAAAAAUGAUGAUGCGAUGGAGCACGAUAACUAUUCAAUUUCCUGUUUAGUUUAUGUCCAAGUAUGUAAUAAUCUCAAAGUAUUUUAUGAUGAAGCAUUCAAGCUCGAGUACAUAAAUUUUGGUUUUCAUAACUUACUACAUCCGAAAACACCAGAACUUGUAUCACCAUUAUAUGAUGACUCAUCUGAAGAUCUCGCAGUCAAUGUUAUAAAUACACUAUUUAAUGUGGAUAAUAGGCAAUCGUUAAUUAAUACGAAAAUUUUGGUGAACGGUCAAAUUAAAGAUUUAAAUGAAAUACAAUAUGAUGCAGAAAAUCUAAUCAAUUUCUUUAAAAAAAAACAAGAAGUUGCACACAUAUUUAGGUGUAGGUAUAGUGAAUUAUUAAGAUACGUUACUGACUUUUUAAGUGCUAUACAACAUGUAUGCAUGUCAGAACAGAAAUAUGAACAUUAUGAGAACUUGAUUACUUGUGUAAAUUCGUUCAAAAGUACAUUCCCUGCAGUUACAACUAUGAUCAAUCGUUUAUUAGAAAUUUUGGCCUUGUUUAAAAAAGCGUACAUUGGGGAUUACAUGGCGAAAUCGCAAUCAUGUUUUAAAAUUGUAGUGAAAAUUGCAUCAGAAUAUAACAAUAUUUUAAAAAGCCUUAAUAUUUCUUUAAAUGCUGAAACUAAUGCAACAAAUGUAAUAGAAUUUUUGGACACGAUACGUCAAAAGCGAUUACUUGUGACCGAUUUACUUUCAUGUAAUAAAUUCAAUCAAUUUCUUAAUUACUAUUGUGUUCCUGAAAAAAUAUUGUCAACAAGAUAUGAAUUAACACGCUCAUAUGAAAAUAUUUAUCAUAAUUUAAUAUUUCUUAAUUUAAGUUCAGAUUUAAUACAAAUUUGUGAAGAUUUUGUUAAAACUGACUACGAUUUAUAUUUUAGUGAAUUAUUAAACUAAUAUAUUAUUUUUUAUAAGUAAAAUAAAUACCAUUUUACAUUUUUAAAAUUUCCUCGGUGUUAUGAUUUAAUAAAG